CCGACACCCUCCUCUCCCAAAGACCCUGCUCAAUGAUGGAGGUUCAGCUGCUUGUCUUCUGCUGCUCUAUUGCCAUCUCCGCGGCUAUCGACUCUGAAACUGAGAAUAAACAAGCGGAGAAGGAUCCUUUUCAUUAUGAUUACCACACUCUCCGGCUUGGCGGCCUUGCAUUUGCUGGCAUUCUCUUUAUCCUGGGGAUCCUUAUCAUUCUAAGCAGAAAAUGUCGCUGUAAAUUCAACCAGCAUCAAAGGACAGGGGAGCCACUUGAAGAAGAGGGAACUCUCCGGGCAUCAAUAAGACGAAUGUCUAGUAGAAGACUAUAGGCUGGUCUCUGUGAGAACAUGUUCUGCGGUGAGGCCUCUGCCUGGAACAUCACAUUGACUCCCCUAUGCAACUCUCUCACCUGCAGAGGAACAAGAAGAAAAUUACACCAAAGUAUUCAGUCUAAAGACAGCCAAAGUCAUAAAGCCACUUUAUAUGUGUAUAUAUAUAUUGUAUUUUAUUCAAAUACCAUAUGCUGGUGUUAAAUGAGCAUUUGCACGCCUGAUCUUACACACCGAAUUCUAUUGCAGUCUCCCUUAGAAGGGAUUUUAUUAUAAGUUUACUAAAAUGGGGGAUUUUGCUGCACCUUUCAACUCAGUUCUUGACUUGGGGAGCCUGAAAGAAUUUACUGUGUGCCACCAUUUUGCACAUGUGCAUUUCCCUACCUUAAAGGGAUUCUGUCAUGAUGUUUAUGGUGUAGUUUUUAUUUCUAAAUGACACUGUUUACACUGCAAAUAAUUCACUGUUCAAUAUAAAAUGUCAUUCCCGAACCAGCAAGUGUAUUUAGUUGUAAUAUUGGUGUGUAGGUGCAUCUCAGGUCAUUUUGCCUGGUCAUGUGCUUUCAGAAAGAGCCAGCACUUUAGGAUGGAACUGCUUUCUGGCAGGCUGUUGUUUCUCCUACUCAAUGUAACUGAAUGUGUCUCAGUGGGACCUGGAUUUUACUAUUAAGUGCUGUUCUUAGAUCAGGGAACCCCAACCUUUUGAACCCGUGAGCAACAUUCAGAAGUAAAAGGAGAUGGGGAGCAACACAUGCAUGAAAAAUGUUCUUGGGGUGCCAAAUAAGGGCUGUGAUUGGCCAUUUGGUAGCCCCUAUGUGGAUUGUCAACCUACAUUGAGGCUCUGUUUGGCAGUGCACCUGGUUUUUAUACAACCAACACUUUACUCCAAGCCUGAAAUUAAAAAAUAAGCUCCUGCUUUGAGGCAACUGGGAGCAACAUCCAAGGGGUUGGAGAGCAACAUGUUACUCACGAGCUACUGGUUGGGGAUCACUGUCUUAGGUCUACCAGGCAGCUGUUAUCUUGUGUUAAGGUCACCAACGAACGACCGAUUUUAGCGAAGUCCGACCAAUCCUUCGAAAUUAUCGUGUGUUUAGUGGGAUUUGAGCGAUCAUACAUCUUACGAUUUUUUGGCCGACAUCUGUCAGAAAAUUGAUCAGCCAGGUUAUAAAUUCUCUAUCAGUCCCAGUGCAAUGUAUCUAUGUUUGCAGGGACAAGCAGGCAGCUCCUCUUUGUUUUCCUGGGCAAAUGGUCUUUUUAGUUGAUGGACAAUUCGUACGAUCGUCUUGAGAUAAUCGUGGUCUCACGAUGACGAUCGGAUCUUUUAAAAAUCUUUACAUCUAUGGCCAGCUUUAGGGAGCUGCUAUGGUGGUUACCUUCCUAUUGUUCUGUUGUUACGCUGCUGGGGGGAAGGGAGGGGGGUGAUAUCACUCCAACUUGCAGUACAGCAGUAAAGAGUGACUGAAGUUUAUCAGAGCACAAGUCACAUGACUGGGGGCAUCCGGGAAACUGACAAUAUGUCUAGCCCCAUGUCAGAUUUCAAUAUUAAAUAUAAAAAAAUGUUUUUCCCAUGACAGUAUCCCUUUAACUGACCUGCGAUGGUGCCUACACACCAAUAUUACAACUAAAAAAUAUAUACUUGUUGGGUUAGGACUGACAUUGUAGAGUGAAUUAUUUGCAGUGUAAAUAGUGUCAUAAACUAUAAAAAUCAUGACAGAAUCCCUUUAACCUUUGUGCAAGUGAGUUAAUUGUGGGAGGUGAGGAAGGGCAACAGCAGACAAAAUCCACAAUUGCCCAAUGGGCGCUACGUUUGCUUGUCACUACUAGAAUACCCUUCAAAAAUAUAUUAUUUUUACCAUGGUCAUUUUCUAACCAAGACUCUGAAGCAGGGAGUCAUUGGCCAAUGUCCCGUUGUGUAAAACAUCACAACCAUUUAUGUGCGUGCGUUGGUCACGCAUCACAUUGUCGCAAGAUCACACCUCCCGCCAGGCCACAAAAGGGUGGGGAUUACUACAUUUAACUGGGUGUAAAUGGUUUGGGUAACCUGGGAGUAAACUGGCCAUUCUGUAUUCCCAAAGUCAUGCUUUUUGGAUCACAUCAGUGCACUUUUGAUACACUAUUUCCUUUUUUUUAUGUUUAAAAAUACUAUAAAUAUCAAUUUGAGAUAAUAUAUAAAUGUGAUAAAAGUUAUAAGACUUAUAUGUCAGUCCUGUGGCACUGCCGGGGGGAUUUUCCCUGCAGAGAUGCAAUUGCACAGAACCCCUAAUCACUUGGGAAAGGCUCUGCCUAUGACACUGCUCAGAACCCUUUGCUGUGAGGCCUUCCCCACACUUUCCUAAAAGGGUUAGGGGCCCUAAUGUUGCGAUUUAUUUUACGUUAGUGCCAAAGAAAAAUACAUUUUACCAAUUAAACACGGUUUCUUUAAAUUAGGGAUGCAUCAAACCUAGGAUUCGGUUUGGGAUUCGACCAGGAUUUUGCCUUUUUCAGCAGGAUUCGUAUUCGGCUGAAUCCUUGUGCCUGGCCGAACCGAAUAUGGAUCCUAAUUUGCAUAUGUAAAUUAGGGGCAGGUAGGGAAAUCACGUGACUUUUUGCCACGAAAGAAGAAUUGUUUCCACUUUUUCCUUUCCUGGCCCUAAUUUGCAUAUGCAAAUUAGCAUUCGGAUUCAGCUCAGUAUUCGGCCGAAUUCCAAAUAGUGUAUUCGGUGCAUCCCUACUUUGAAUACUGGUAUACGUUUGACGGCUGCCUUACUGACUCACAUUCUCAAUACUUGUAGUGCCUUAUAUUAAACAUUUGUAAUAACUUUU